AUGUUCCCUUUGCCUAUGUUCACCCCGGAACAAGUGGCUCGGGUGUGCGAGAACCUCGAGGAGACCGGCGACAUCGAGCGCCUGGGGCGGUUCUUAUGGUCCCUGCCUGAUGCUGUCCCUGGCUCCGCCGGGGAGGCUCUCAACCGCCACGAGUCAGUGAUGCGCGCCCGGGCGCUGGUCGCCUUCCACGGAGGAAACUUCGAGGCGCUUUACCAGAUCCUCCAGAGCCACCGCUUUACACGCGAGUCUCACGCCAAACUCCAAGAUCUGUGGCUGGACGCGCAUUACCGCGAGGCAGAGCGGCUCCGGGGCCGUCCCCUGGGACCGGUGGAGAAGUACCGUAUCCGGAAGAAGUUUCCACUGCCUCGCACCAUCUGGGACGGCGAGCAGAAGACGCACUGCUUUAAGGAGAGAACUCGUAGCCUGCUCAGGGAGUGGUACCUCCAGGACCCCUACCCAAACCCGUCCAGGAAACGGCACCUGGCCCAGGCCACGGGACUCACGCCUACACAGGUCGGCAACUGGUUCAAGAACCGACGCCAGAGAGACAGGGCCGCAUCGGCAAAGAACAGACUGCAACAGGACCCCACCCACCUGCCUUCCGGAUGCUCCCCUGAGGGUUCUAUCCAGGAGCACCACGCCCACCACCCCCGCCUGCUGACUGCCUCCCCCUGUCACCCGGGCAGCCCCGAGGCCAGCGACUGCAGCACUGGCACCGACCCUCGGGGCACUGGAGCCUCCACCCCCGACAUCUCCGUCAGCAGCGACAGCGAGUUUGAAUCCUGA